UGUGGUGCUGAAGCGCCGGGCUCAGAGCUCCCCAGUCUCCCGUGGGUAACAAUGAGGCGCCCCAUCUCCCAAGGCGUUUCCGACCUGGAGGCCCUGCGGCAUUCCCGGCUUUCCGAGUGACGGGGGCGGAGGAGCGGGAAGAGCGCGAUGGCCGAGAAGUGCGACUGCCUGGCCAGCAUGUACGGCUACGACCUGGGCUGCCGCUUCGUCAACUUCCGCCCGCUGGGCUUCGGGGCCAACGGGCUGGUGCUGUCGGCGCUGGACAGCCGCAGCUGCCGCAAGGUGGCCGUCAAAAAGCUGACGCUGGGCGAUGCGCGCAGCGUGAAGCACGCCUUCCGUGAGAUCAAGAUCAUCCGCCGCCUCGAGCACGAGAACAUCGUCAAGGUCUACGAGGUGCUGGGCCCCAAGGGCGCCCGCCUGCGCGGGGAUUUCUUCAAGUUCAACGUGGUGUACAUCGUGCAGGAGUACAUGGAGACGGACCUGGCGCGGCUGCUGGAGCAGGGCAAGCUGGCCGAGGAGCACGCCAAGCUCUUCAUGUACCAGCUGCUGCGCGGGCUCAAGUACAUCCACUCGGCCAACGUGCUGCACCGCGACCUCAAGCCGGCCAACAUCUUCAUCAGCACCGAGGACCUGGUGCUGAAGAUCGGCGACUUCGGCCUGGCCAGGAUCGUGGAUCAGCACUACUCGCACAAGGGUUACCUCUCCGAGGGCUUGGUGACGAAGUGGUACCGCUCCCCGCGCCUGCUCCUGUCACCCAACAACUACACCAAAGCCAUCGACAUGUGGGCAGCCGGCUGCAUCCUGGCCGAGAUGCUGACCGGGAGGAUGCUCUUUGCUGGGGGCCACGAGCUGGAGCAGAUGCAGCUGAUCCUGGAGACAAUCCCUGUGAUCCACCAGGAGGACAAGGAGGAGCUGCUGAAGGUGAUGCCCAUGUUCAUCAACAGCACCUGGGAGGUGCGGAAGCCGCUGCGCACGCUGCUGCCCGAGGUGGACAGUGAAGCUAUUGAUUUUCUGGAGAAAAUUCUGACAUUUAACCCCAUGGACCGGCUGACGGCCGAGAUGGGCCUGCAGCACCCCUACAUGAGCCCCUACUCGUGCCCUGAGGACGAGCCGGUGUCGCAGCAGCCGUUCCGCAUCGAGGACGAGAUCGAUGACAUCCUGCUGAUGGAGGCCAACCAGAGCCAGAUGUCCAACUGGGACAGGUACCACAUCAGCCUCUUCUCCGAGCUGGACUGGAGGCACGACAAGCACCACGACAUGGACGAGGUGCAGCGGGACCCGCGCGCCGGCUCGGAGCCCGCGGCGGAGGAGGCGCAGGUGGACCCGCGGAAAUACUCGCAGAGCAGCUCGGAGCGGUUCCUGGAGCUCUCCCACUCCUCCAUGGACCGAGUGUUUGACGCCGACUGCGGGAAGUCGUGUGAUUACAAAGUGGGAUCGCCCUCCUACUUGGACAAGUUGCUGUGGAGGGACAGCAAGCCCCACCACUACUCAGAGCCCAAGCUCAUUCUGGAUUUAUCCCACUGGAAAAGGGCAACCAUAGCGCCCGCAGCCGAGCUGUCGCUGGAAGAGGAGCCCUCCAACCUGUUCCUGGAGAUUGCCCAGUGGGUGAAGAGCACGCAGGUGGGGCUGGAGUGCCCCAGCUCUCUCCCGGAGAUGCAGGAGCGGAGCCUGCCCUCCUCUCCUCACCGCCUCCACAAGGAACCCGCCGAGGUCAGCGGCGAGACCGACCCCGAGUUCGACCUGGACGUCUUCAUCUCCAGGGCGCUGAAACUUUGCACAAAGCCCGAGGACCUUCCGGACAACAAGCUCAACGAGAUCAACGGGGCCUGCAUCUCGGAGCACCCCGGGGACAUGGUGCAGGCCGAGGUGUACCAGAAGGAGCGGUGGUGAGGGCGCGCGCCCCGCCGCGCCUCCCUCCCCUGAGCGUCCCCUCGUCACCCUGCACCACACGCCUUCCUCGGGAAAGGCAAGCACAAACCACACGCCCCCCUCGAUGCCUUAGGGUGCUUCUAAGGGGAUCGAGAGGCGCGAAUGAAAGACUGAGUUUCUUACACUGCCUUAACAAUCUUGCCUUGCGAUCUCUGGGACCUGUUUGAAACUUAAAUGUACGAGGGGGAAAACGACAGUACAUGGUAGGUUUGCAAACAGUAGUCAAAUAGACUCCUUUUCCUUCCUUUUUCUAUAGCAACUUGAAGUGACAAGGACACAAAUUAACAUUUUCAGUGUGGUCAGAUACCCUCCUGGUUGGACAGGUUCCCAAAACGCCAAACUCUGAGCCCCUCCGAGGCACCUGUGUGAGUACAGGUAUGGAAUAAAGUGAUGCCAGCCAUCAGUCAGCAGAGAAUGGAGCUACAGGUAGAGCUUGGCCAUCAGACAAAAAAAAAACCACUCUCUGAGAAUGUUAGUGGGGAAGAAAUUUGACCUACAAAGGAUGGGCCGUUGGGGAUUUGUUUUAUUUUUUUCUGAGAAGAAGACAAAAUUUUUGCUAAGUGCAUUUUGCUGGUUUGUGGUUUCUCACACCAAAAUCUCCCCUUUGGCUGCACGGGGUGCAGCAGGGGAUGCACGGGGAUCUGAGCUUUCCGAGCACUCGGGAGGGCCCAUGGGAUGCACUCCAGUGCCACACCCUGGUGCUGCUGCCAGUCCUGCCUCGGAGAGUGCCACCAGACCAGCAGAAUUCCAGCAGGGAGGGCUGGAGCAGGGUGUCCACGGGGUGACGUGCCCGGCACCACCAGCCACACGGACCCAGCAAGGGCUCCCAGCCACCUCUGCUGCUGGAAAAGGAGCCACGGUACUGCUGGCUUUCCUCCUGACAAAGAUCUCGUGAAGAAAACAACAGUGCCUGUGGCACGAGAUUCGUGACUGACCACUUGGCUCCCUGCCUCUGUGGGAGAUGCUGGUGUCAGCAGGCAACUGUGUGUAAAUAGGUGAAGACACAACUGAUCUACUGUACCUUCUGUUUUCAUCCACACUUCUGAGCACCUUAAUAAUUAAUCAGCUAACAAGAGUUUGUAUAUGGAAGAAAUGUUCUAUACUUAUAUUUAACCCAACUCGGCAGCUUUUUAAAUGGAGAUGUGUAAAUAGUGCCACAGCCUCUGCGUUCCUCGCCAUCCUGCUGCCGUGCUGCUCACGUUUGUACGAGAGAAACUGCUGUGUUUAGUACUGCAAGGCCCAUAUUGAACUACUCCUAUAUUCAUUAUUUCCACCCUUUUAACAUGCAAUCCGCUAAAUGCUCUGAGAUGUGAAGCAACUGGUGUGAGGCUCAGAUAACUAACAGCAGCGUUUGCUGCGUUAGCCCUGGGCUCUGUCCUUGCUGGGACCAGGAGCAGGUUUAGCUGCAGUAGGCCUUGACAAGCCCAAAAGCAUGUUCCUGCUGUGAAGAUGUCACAUCGGGGUGAUGGAAACGCCACUGCUCCAGCCAGUCAGCAGCACUGGUGUGAAGGCAGCCAGCUGCCAGCAUGGGAUGGGCUGCAAGCCCAGGUGCAGCGGUGGGGAAGGCAUUUGGAAGGCAAAGCUGGUGGAGAAGGGCUCAGAAAGGCAGAGCCAUUCGUCUCUGGUCUUUGCUUUGGGUGUUUGGGUGUCCCCCAGAGUGGUUCAGAAAGGGGAAACAGGACAGAGACAGAGGUUUGUUUUCUGGUGUGUUGCAGAUGAUUGAUAUACCUCAACUAAAGCUCAGCACUUUCACUGCUGGUGGGGGACAUUCCAAUGCUAGGAGCAGCCGCCCCCGCACUGGAGCAGAUCCAACCAGCCCGCUGGCCCGUGGCUGGCUGACCAUGGCUGGCUGACCAUGGCUGGCUGACCAUGGCUGGCUGACCAUGGUUCUGCUCCCCACGGUCCCACUGGCCCUAUCCCACUGCCCACAGUCCCACUGCCCGUAUCCCACUGCCCGUAUCCCACUGCCCCCUGUCCCACUGCCCACAAUCCCACUGCUCACAGCCCCGUUCCUUAUGUCCCACUGCCCCCAGUCCCACAGCCUGUAUCCCACUGCCUGUUUCCCACUGCCCACCAUCCCACUGCCCACAGCCCCGUUCCCUAUGUCCCCCUGCCCGUAUCCCACUGCCCCCAGUCCCACUACCCACAGCCCCAUUCCCUGUGUCCCCCUGCCCGUACCCCACUGCCCACAGCCCCAUUCCCUGUGUCCCCCUGCCCGUAUCCCACUGCCCACAGCCCCAUUCCCUGUGUCCCCCUGCCCCCAGUCCCACUGCCCACAGUCCCGUUCCCUGUGUCCCCCUGCCCGUAUUCCACUGCCCACAGCCCCAUUCCCUGUGUCCCCCUGCCCCCAGUCCCACUGCCCACAGCCCCGUUCCCUGUGUCCCCCUGCCCGUAUCCCAGUGCCCACAGCCCCAUUCCCUGUGUCCCCCUGCCCGUACCCCAGUGCCCACAGUCCCGUUCCCUAUGUCCCCCUGCCCGUACCCCAGUGCCCACAGCCCCAUUCCCUGUGUCCCCCUGCCCGUAUCCCAGUGCCCACAGCCCCGUUCCCUGUGUCCCCCUGCCCGUAUCCCACUACCCCCAGUCCCAUUCCCUGUGUCCCCCUGCCCCCAGUCCCACUACCCACAGUCCCAUUCCCUGUGUCCCCCUGCCCGUAUCCCACUGCCCACAGUCCCAUUCCCUGUGUCCCCCUGCCCCCAGUCCCACUACCCACAGCCCCAUUCCCUGUGUCCCCCUGCCCGUACCCCAGUGCCCACAGCCCCAUUCCCUGUGUCCCCCUGCCUGUAUCCCACUGCCCACAGUCCCAUUCCCUGUGUCCCCCUGCCCGUGUCCCAGUGCCCACAGUCCCACUCAGCCCUGUGGCAGCCCGCAGCAGCAGCAGCAGAGUUUGGGGCUGGCCUGCAGGCUGGGGAGGUGUGCUGGGGAGGAGCGGGCGGCGGGACCGGCUGUGUGCCGGGGCUCUGGCCGGAGCCCAUCCCGGAGGCAGAGGCGCGGUGCUGCAGCAGGGCGGCCAGCUGGGCUCAGCACCCGCGGCCAGCAGAGCCAGGACUGCAGGAGGAGAGCAGCUCGGUGACCCUGAAACUCCUCUGGAGACGGAGCAGCCCGCGCUGACGGGGGGCUGAACGCGAGAGGUCGGCCCGCACAAGCCACGCUCUCCCGGCCGGGCAGCGGUGGCCACGUCCCCUGAAUCCAGAAGCCAUUUCCCAUGGGCUGUCACUUCUUCUCCAGAGGCCUGCAGGACUAUUUCUUACGGCCAUGAAAGAAAGAAACAGUUUUGCUUUUGAGUAUUGUCUUGUGGGCCCACAGUUAAGGUGUAAAACGGACUGGGUAACAAGCAAACGGAGCGUGUUGCCACCACUCUGGAUUUUCCAUCUCGCUUUGUGAGCUCUUAUUUAAUGUUGUUCUAAAACCUCAGCAUCACAUGCUGGGAAAAGGGGAUAAGAGGGAUGGCUUUAAUUUGUUACCUGAGUGUGCUUAGCUGAUCACAAGCCAGAUCUGUCUCUCGUUUGCAGAAAUAAAAUGUAAGGCCUGAGCCUUC